GACAGAUGAAACACACAUUGCCUUGUCUGCUUACCCCCUCUAGCGCUGAACAUCCUGCACAGAUGCGAACAGCAGCACCCCCUCCUCCUCCCCCUACUCCAGCGCUGCAUUCCAAUCAUUUCUCCAUUUGCCUCCCCAUUCUGGCUGCUGCAGCGGACAGGAGCAGAGAGAGGAGCACAGACAGGAGCAGAGACAGGAGCUGGCUGUCCUCGGCGCUCUUGCGUGCCAACUACAGGAUUUCUACAAUCUGUCACGACUCUGUGCGCAACGGGGACGCACCAAACCCACAGAGACAUUCUCCUGCUCGUUAAAAAAAUAUAUCCCAGCACAAUAAAGGGCACCUGAAGUCCGCGGGAAAUCGCCAAACUUACCAGGAUCCUAGUGUUUCUUCUUCUACUUCUCUUAUAAUUUCCUUCCACUGUUUAUUUUUUUUUUCCAACACUUCAUCCAGUCCUGUCCGUUACGCGCGUUCGCCGCCGGCUGCCACAAGGCGCGAGAUGGAUCUGAGCUGUUCCACUUAGUCUGCGUUCAGCUCCAAACGGCACCAAAUGUAAAAAGGAUCGCUUCUGGUGGAUGUGUGGUGAGGAUCCGGUGGUGCGCACAGGUUCACUCCAGGUUAUCAGGCUGUAGAUGUUUCAGCAGACAUGAGUUACAUGAGUUUUGGAGAGCGAGCUGUCCUCUUUUCACUUUUUGUUGGGAUUGUCCUCAUCGGCUUCAGCCACAGCAACCAAGUUGUGCUGCUGGAUACAACGUCUGUGCUUGGAGAGCUGGGGUGGAAGACAUACCCAAUGAAUGGGUGGGACGCCAUCACAGAGAUGGAUGAGCACAACCGGCCCAUCCACACCUUCCAGGUUUGCCACGUGAUGGAACCCAACCAGAACAACUGGCUUCGCUCAAACUGGAUAUCUCGACAAGCUGCUCAAAAGAUCUACGUGGAACUUCGCUUCACUCUGCGAGACUGCAAUUCCAUUCCAUGGGUGUCGGGAACUUGCAAAGAGACUUUCAACCUCUUCUAUUAUGAGACUGAUGAGGCUCACGGUGUCAAAUUCAAGCCUGUACAAUACACUAAGAUUGACACCAUUGCUGCAGAUGAGAGCUUUACUCAGAUGGAUCUCGGAGAUCGUAUCCUCAAACUCAACACGGAGGUUCGUGAGGUUGGACCAAUAAGCAAGAAGGGAUUCUACUUAGCAUUCCAGGACAUUGGUGCCUGUAUUGCCUUGGUUUCAGUGAGGGUUUACUACAAGAAAUGUCCAUUCACCCUGAGGAACCUGGCAUCAUUUCCUGACACGGUGCCUCGCGUUGACUCGUCAUCAUUGGUGGAGGUGAGGGGAGCGUGUAUUGACCAUGCUGAAGAAAGAGAUACACCCAAACUGUUCUGUGGAGCUGACGGCGACUGGCUGGUGCCGCUGGGAAGAUGCGUUUGCAGCAUCGGCUAUGAAGAGAUUGAUGGCUCUUGUAUUGCAUGUCAUCCAGGCUUCUACAAGGCGUUCGCUGGGAACAUCAAGUGCUCAAAGUGUCCUCCGCAUAGCUUCAGUUUUGGAGAAGGGGCCACCAUCUGCCGCUGUGAGAAGGGCUUCUUUCGGGCCAUGAAAGAUCCUCCUACAAUGGCUUGCACACGCCCUCCAUCUCCUCCUCGUAAUUUGAUGUUUAACCUGAACGACACUUGCCUGUUGCUAGAGUGGUCCCCUCCCAGCGACAUGGGCGGCCGUCGGGACCUGACCUACAACGUCCAAUGCAAACGCUGUGGACCCAAGCCCGAUCAAUGCGAGCUCUGUGAGGAGGAGCUUCGUUUUCUGCCACGACCAUUAGGCCUGACCAAUGCCACUGUUACCAUCACAGACCUCUCAGCCCACGCCAACUACACUUUCGAGAUUGAGUCACUCAACGGUGUGUCAGGCUUGAGCUACUUCCCUCGACAGGUGGCCAUUAUUACAGUCAGCACUGAUCAGACUGGUCCAUCACUUGUGGGACCCCUGAAGAAGGACUGGGCCUCUCCCAACAGCAUCGCCCUCUCAUGGCAACAACCUGAACAAACAACACUGCCAGUCCUUGAAUAUGAGAUGAAAUAUUAUGAGAAGGAACAUGAGCAGUUGAGCUACUCAUCCACACGUACCAAGGCUCCCAGUGUGAUCAUCUCAGGUUUAAAAGCAGCCACCUGGUACGUCUUCAGCGUACGCACUCGCACGCCAGCUGGAUACAGCUCCUACUCCCCUAAAUAUGAAUACGAAACUACAGGAGAUUCAUCAGACCUGGCAUCUGACCAAGGCCAGGUGUUGGUCAUUGUCACGGCAGCAGUAGGAGGCUUUACUCUCCUUGUCAUCCUCACCCUCUUCCUCCUAAUUACAGGAAGGUGUCAGUGGUACAUCAAGACCAAGAUGACGUCAGAGGAGAAGCGAAGAACCAGCUAUCAGAACGGACAUGUCCCUUUCCCAGGGAUAAAGACGUACGUGGACCCUGACACCUAUGAAGACCCUACACAGGCUGUCCAUGAGUUCACCAAAGAGAUCGAUCCAUCCCGCAUCCGCAUCGAGAGGGUGAUCGGUGCCGGUGAGUUUGGUGAGGUGUGCAGCGGCCGCCUGAGAACACCAGGGAAGAAAGAGAUUGCUGUGGCGAUCAAGACACUGAAAGGCGGUUAUGUGGACAGGCAGAGGCAGGACUUCCUGCGGGAGGCGUCCAUUAUGGGCCAAUUUGAUCAUCCCAACAUCAUCAGGCUGGAGGGCGUGGUCACCAAAAGCAGGCCAGUGAUGAUAGUGGUGGAGUACAUGGAGAACGGAUCUCUGGAUUCUUUUCUGAGGCAACAUGACGGUCACUUCACUGUCAUCCAGCUGGUGGGGAUGCUGCGUGGCAUCGCUGCAGGUAUGAAGUACCUGUCAGACAUGGGCUAUGUUCACCGAGACCUGGCAGCUCGAAACAUCCUUGUUAAUGGCAACCUGGUGUGCAAAGUUUCUGACUUCGGCCUGUCCCGAGUCCUGGAGGAUGACCCAGAGGCUGCAUACACUACGACGGGUGGUAAAAUCCCUAUCCGAUGGACAGCUCCCGAGGCCAUCUCAUACAGGAAAUUCUCCUCAGCCAGUGACGCAUGGAGUUAUGGCAUUGUCAUGUGGGAAGUGAUGUCAUACGGAGAGAGACCAUACUGGGAGAUGUCCAAUCAGGAUGUGAUUCUUUCCAUUGAGGAGGGCUACCGGCUGCCGGCGCCAAUGGGUUGCCCUGUGGCCCUCCACCAACUGAUGCUGCACUGCUGGCAGAAGGAGAGGGGUCAUCGGCCAAAGUUCACCGAUGUUGUUUCAUUCUUGGAUAAAUUGAUUCGUAAUCCCAGCAGCUUGCUGCCACUUGUGGAGGACAUUCAGAGUCUUCCAGAGUCUCCAGGGGAGGAGAUGGACUACCCCAUGUUCAUCUCUGUUGGUGAGUGGCUGGACUCCAUAAAGAUGAGUCAGUACAAGAACAAUUUCAUGGCAGCAGGCUACAACACGUUGGACUCUGUGGCCACAAUGAGUAUUGAAGAUGUGAGGCGUAUCGGCGUGGAGCUGAUUGGCCACCAGAGACGGGUCAUCAGCUGUGUACAGACGCUUCGCCUUCAGUUGCUGCACGAACAGGAGAAGGGCUUCCAUGUAUGAGGACGUCCAUGAACACAACAUGGGACGGACACAUAGACGGAAGCAAAGUCUAGACGGUGGGACAGACGGUCUGCAGUCUGUGCCGGAGUUGUCACCCCACAUACAGCCAGACAAGUCUGUCAAAUCCAAGAGGUCACUGGACAGCCUGCCCCCAGACUCUCUCACUCCCAGUAGUAAAGACUUUGUUUUUGUUACUAUACACCCAUUACCCACUGUACCUGGUUGUGGCAGACUCUUAAAAGACAGCCUGAAAGACUUUUAUCAAGACAGGCCCAGGCCCUCAUGUAGGGGAACAUAAUGCCUUGUUGCAGGAGCAGUACUUUGUGUGUGGAGCAACAAUAUCUAGACAUAGAUUUGCUAACAUAAUCUACUGAUUUUUCUUUUCUCGCUACGAGUUAUGUGCUCUUGUAGCUGCUAUCGGGUGUGCAAUUGAGAAGUUUUUGUUUAGUUUUUUAUUCCAUUCAUUUGUCACGAAGGGAUCAUUUGUGUUGCUUUAGUUUCCCUCCGACCAGAGAAUCUGGUACGUUAAUACUUGAAGGAAAAAGUGAGAAUUGUUUAGGAGAUUUCUUGAAUGUUUCAAAGUGUAUAGACAAGUAAUCAAUAAUUAUUAUCAUAAUCUAAUAUCUAUCUACGUGCAGUCCUGUAUGUGAAAGCCCUAGUAAAUCUGGAAUUCAAUUUAUUAGAGGUUUUAUUAAGUUUACACUUUUUUUUUAAAUCCAGAUCAGCAAUACAGUAGUAUGCAGUCACCUCGGGAUCUCAAAGGAAGAUUUCUGGAUUGUAAAAGUUGUUGUCAGUUCACACAACACCUUCUACCUGUGAUUGUACCGUCACAUAGUACGCUUGGAUCAGUUGCCUUCAGAUGAAUAAGCAUAUAAGUAAAAGUU